CCUUCACUCCAACCGUGUUUCUCGAGCUGUUUCUUGGCAAAAUCCAAGCCACGAGAUUCUUCUGAAGCAGCUGUUUCUCCUCCGAUAUGAAAAUUUACCAUCCUCGAAGGCUCGCACAGUUGAACGAACAAUGAUCAUUGAUCAUGUAUUAAAAUAUGAUCACAGUGACAACAGUGAUAUAUGACCUCCUAUAUCUAUAGGGAUGUAAUAAAGAUCAUGGAAGGAAUAUAGGGAUCAUAUAGGAAUGUAAUUGUAACCACAUUUUACGGUGAGAAUCAGAGAAUGUGAAGGAUCGUAUAGGAAUAUAUCCAGGAUAACAUUGAAUAAUUAUAGUUUAUGGUCUUUGCGUGUUUUCGUUUGUGAACAGUGUCACUUCUUCAGCAAUUUAUACGUUUCUAAGUUCAAUAACUUCAAUUUCAGUAAAGUUGUGAGUUGUUAUAAAUUAUAACCUGAGUAUCAGGCUCUAAAAAGUACGGCCUGAUACUCAGGUUAUAUAAAUUAUUUCAAAGUUCACGGUACAUGAAUCUGUGACAUUUCUAUCCACAAUAGCCCCUUUGACUUCGACCCGCACUCGGGCAGUCGACCUUGACCUUUGAUCAUGUCUUGUUCGAUGCUCUCGUUGGGCCACGUUUUCAAAGGAAGUAAACGCAAGAUGUUUGCGGAAACGACUCAAAUUUAGCUGUUAAUAUUCAAAUUUUCGUCCACAUCUGGCCAGCUUUGCGCGUUUUGUACACGUUCGUGUAAAAUUUGAUGCUUUAUAACGUCUUUAAACUUGGUAUUCGUUCGAUCAUUGUUAAUUGAGUGCGGUUAAUUUUGUGUUUUGUGAUUACCUGUCAAAGUUCGCAAGCAUGACGCAUAUUGGAAGAGAACUUGCGUUUAUUGUGCUGUUAGCUGUAUUAUUUGUCGCUCAUUGUAAACCUGUACAGAAACCCAAAGACACGGAAGAAAACAAAAAAGAUGACUGGAGAAAAGAGGAGGACCCGGCUUACGUUAAAUACUUAAAACAAGUCAUCGAAAUUUUAGAAGAAGAUGAAAAUUUUUCAAAGAAACUUGAGAAUGUGACAGAGGAGGAUAUACGUAGCGGUAAAAUUGCUGAAGAGAUAGAUUUUGCAAGUCAUCAUAUUCGCACAAGACUGGACGAACUCAAGCGAAAGGAGAUUGAGUCUCAGAGACAGUUACUGAGAAAGCAACAAGACACACGUAGGGGUAUACAUAGAGAAUACUGGCAUCCUUUAAACGACAGAGAAAAUCCAGAUACAUUUGAAGUUGAGGAUUUAAAAAAAUUACUUUCCAAGGUAAUUAUUGAGCAUGAAAAUUGAAGUGGUUUGUUUUUCCUUUGAUUCCUUGCUUUUUAGGUUUAAUAGGCAAACUGGUCACCACCACCAUGGGAGCCUCUUUGGAGGGGAAAAUAUGCUAUUUACUCAGGUUAAUGCAUGAGUCAAUACCAUAAGUGACCACACCACCCCCGAACACUCAGGCAUUUGCUGCUUUUUUAAAAUACAAAUCCCUAGCUCUGGGGCAAUGCUCUUUCCUCCACACAGCUUUCUUGGCUUCUUAACAAGGAUAAGCUUCGAUAUUAUAAGACUUAAACAAGAUGAUUAAAGCCCCGUUUACACUACGCUCAAUUUUUGGUACGGCACGGAUAAAAUUGGUACCCGUACCACUUUUUUGGUUCUUGGACUACCUAUUUAGGUAGUUCAAGAACCAAAAAGUGGUACGGUACCAAAAAUUGAGCGUAGUGUAAACGGGGCUUAGCUAAAUAGGUAGUCCAAGAACAAAAAAAGUGGCACGGGUACCAAUUUUAUCCGUGCCGUACCAAAAAUUGAGCGUAGUGUAAAUGGGGCUUAAGUGAAGCGAGAUGCUAGACUCUAGUGAGCAACACUUAUAAGGUCUCGCCUGCAUUUUAAUUUUCAGCAGGUUCCUCAGUUUCUCUCAUUACAACUGGUCUUGUGCCUCUUGCUUCGCCUAAUCACCUUGUUUAUGUCAAACCAAGGAGACAGGGGGCAAUUUAUACCAGUGGUGAAUGGUGAAUGUCCUUCUCCCAGGAGAUAUAAGUGUGACUCAGGAGCACAAAACAGAUCAAAGUACCAGGCGUCCAGGCCUUAAAAUAUCGGUCGGUCACAGACAUUGUCCAACCCAUUCGUGAACUUGUCCGACGUAGAUCUCGAGGAAACCACCGGACAUUCUGUCCUACCAAAGUGGAACUGAGGUUUAUUGUUUGUCCGACCUGAGUGUAUUUGUGUCCGACCGAACUGUAGCUUUGUCCAACAUAAAUCAAAAUGUACCCUAUCCCACGACUAGAGACUCGUAUGUUAAAUGGAAAAUCAGAGUACUAUUGUAUAAAAGGUGAACUGGAAAUUUGUUUUAACGUAGUCGAGCGCGGGGCAGGGAGCGAAAGUGGAAAAAUGGGCUUAAAUUGUCUAAGUCUUUUACUGCUGUUCUGGAAAGCAAGUUAAUUUUGGCUUGGAAAUAAGUAUGAAAGAAACAAAUUAUUUAAUAUCUUCACAAACAUUUACCGUCAUUCAUCCAGUCCUGCAAAAUCAUUCAUCCAGUCCUGCAUGAAUGGAGCCUGUGCAUGGCAUUGUGCACCUGCCCAGGUGCACAACUGUUCAAUUAAAUAAAUAUUAUUUCAAGUUCUGUAUGUUUCCAUUGAUGGUAGUACUCAGGUUACUAUUUGUAUCCUUGAACAUUUCAGUUUACACCUAUUAACACUUUCCCCUUGACAAGUAAAAUCUUUUUAGAGCUGUGCAAACUUCGGUUGUUUUAGCUCCGGCUCCAGUCGUCAAAACUCCAGCAAGGAAUUUUUAUGGAAAUUUCAUAUUUAAAACUGGAAGCAGGCGAACGUAUUUCAGUGUAAGGCGAAAGCACAGAAUAAGGUACACAGAAGGCCGACUUCUUCGUUUUUCCUAUGAUUUUCCUAUGAUUUUGGCGUAACUCGUGAUUCGUCAUCAAAUGCUGACGCCAUGGUCCUAGCCAGUGAGCGUUUGAGAGGCAUUCACCCCCUGAUAAUAUUCAAAAUGGCAGAUGUCCAGGGGGGGAAUGCCUCUCAAACGCGCACUGGCUAGGACCAUGGUAUCAGCAUUUUGAUGAUGAAUCAUGGCGUGGCAGCGGUUACUCGAGUCGACCUUCUGUGUACCUUAUUCUGUGGCGAAAGUAUUUCAGUGUAAUUUCAGAAUUUAUCUUUUUUUAAACACGUUUUUACAACACUAAUAAUAGUAAACAACAUAGUUAUACGUGGUCGGUAAUAUAUAGUAAAACAACAUAUAAAUAGUAAUAUAUUAGUAAACAACAACUUAAUUUUACCAUUUAAUUCCAAAAUAAUGUUCAUUGAAAUAUGAAAUAAUUUUUCAUAAUUUUGUUUGCCGGAGUUUUUGCCAGAGUUUUCCGGCUCCGGCAAAAUAUGCCAGGGCUCCGGCACUGCGGCUCCGGCGCAUAGCUUUUAAUCUUUUCAAUGUUUGGUGAUAUGAAAAACUGCCAUUUCAGUGAGCAUACUCUCUACUUUCUAAACAGCACCAUGAAGAAAUGGAUGAAAUUGACAAGAGAAGAAAAGAAGAAUUUCAAACACAUGAAAUGGAGAAAGAACACAAACGAAGAAAGGCAGAAAAAGGACUUGAUGAAGCAAAGAAAAAGGAAAUUGAAGAAGAAAGAAAGAGAUUGAAAGAAAAACAUAUGAAGGAUGCCAAAAGAGUUAACCAUCCAGUAAGUGAAAACAGAAAGCCAAUUCUGAAUUUGUUAUUCUAAAUUGAGAGGCAUUAUUGUGAAAAAGUGCAGCUUAAUGGGUUUAUGAUGCUCACAAUUGAACGAGACCUAAUGAUAAAGGCUUUUGAACCCUUGAUUGAUCUUUGGCAUGCAUUAGAGGUAUUGAAAAAGCCAUCAGAUGUUGAAAAAGCCAUAUUUGCACUCAACCUUUUAGUUCAAUCAGGACCAUACCAAAUUUAUUGUUUAAUUAUAAUUUAAUGUACCAAUUUGAGUGCAGUUUUCAAUGCAAGGAAGGCGUAAUAAUAUAAAUGUAUAGAACAGGUAUAUAUGGUAUUACGAAUGUAUAGACUGGUGUUUGUAUCAAGUUGUUUUCUUUUUUAUAUUCUGCAAAAAUGAUUCCGAAAUGUUAACUAAGGCUUUCGAAAAAACUAUCGAAUUUUUCCAUCGUGUUUUACAGAGAAAUGUCUCAGCUGCAAACCCACCCUCAAACGUCCAUAUGACGUUUCUCGUGGACAAAAUAAUAUGUGAGGUUUCCCUUAAUAUGUGCAUGUGGUAUUUUAUAAUAUAUGAAAUCAGCCUAAAAUUUUCAUCAUUGUAUUCAAUGUACUUUGAGAAUUAGUAUAUUUCAGAGUAUUGAUUUGUGCCUAACGUGACUCAUUGUCUUGCAGGGCAGUAGACCUCAACUUGAAGAGGUUUGGGAAGAGGAGGAUGGACUUGACAAAGACCAGUUUAAUCCAAGGACAUUCUUUAAAAUUCAUGGUAAGCAUGUACAUACAUUCUCACUGUCAAAUGACUCUGUGAUUCUAAUGUUGCACGACUUACGCAUUAUUAAUAAUAUUAACAGUACCUCAUUGCUGCUUUACUUUGAUCUUCAAGUCUUGGACUGGAAACGUUAACUGACAAUGUCUACAGAAUAAUGUUUGUCGUUGUUAAUAAAACCUCAAUGCGGUGCCCUGGAUAUAGUAAUUUAUUAAGUGCGCAAAACAAGUACACCACAACCGCAAAGAUUUACUAUUUCAGAAUAAAUACCAAGACUUGUGAUUCCAAACUAACAGACUAAAAAACUCACACAGCAAAUACAGUAUAAAGCGAUGCCAAACGUCCUUUAAGCACCGCAAUUUCAGAAUUCCACUUUUAUGUUUUCACGUUCUACUCUUGUCAGUCGAGGCUUUGUAUUCAUUUAUAUAAACCAUUGUACAGUAUUUGUAAAAGAGGUAGUCCCACUCAGGAUUUUUACUUUUGCCAGGAAUUUAUAUAAAUGUACUUUGUAUUCAUUUAUAUAAUUAAACCUUUUAAUUUAGGUUUUGUCUCAAGUUGGAAAUCACAUUCCAGGCUUAAAUAUUUCGUCCACCACAAUACAGUAUAUUACUAUACAACACAGGUUUCAAUAAUGUGUACAGCUGUACAUUAAUCAAAUCAUUACUUACCUUUUUGCAGACAAAGAUAAUGAUGGACAACUAGAUCCAUAUGAAUUGGAAGGCUUGUUUUACCGUGAGGUAAUUUGUUUUGUUUGUAUUAAUAACUUGGCUUUUCUUAUUCCCAAACCUGUUUGCUAAUAGAUUCCGAAUUAAAUAAGAUGCAAUUUCGUACAUGCAGGUAAGCCUAUACUGUAUAUAGAGUAUAGGGUCGUGCAGAAAACGAUAAAACUUUUUUUAUCUCAUGGUAUAGUCUAACCAUCUAUAUAUCCAUAAUCUAAGGGCGUACACAUAUUGUUGUAAAUUUACCUUCUAACUAUAAUGAUUGAUUCAUGUAGAUCAAAAUGUACAAAAGCUCAUGAACAUUUUCAUUUGCACACAAUCUAAGUCAGGUAUUGUGUUAUUUAGGCAAGCAAGAUCCACAAUAGUUCUGAUCCAGAUUUUGAUAACCGUGCGCUUGAUGAAGAAGUACAAAGGAUGCGUGAACAUGUUGUAAAACAGGUAAUCGCACUCAGGAUUUUUACUUUCGCAUGCAGUUAUGAAGCCAUGACUAAGUGAAAUGAACUGCAUUAACCUAUAGCAACAAUUCAGAUAAUUUGUUACCUUAACUUAAGUCCCGUUUACACGGCACGUACACGACUGUAGCUGCAAUAUUUUGCAAUGGCACGCACAGCACGGCAAAAUUUACGGCAAAAGUUAAAUUUAGGCACAGCAUGUUUAGUCUUAAUAUUGUGGGACAUUUAACUUAUCUAUCGAAUUCGGAUGCGAGUAUAUACUUUUGAAAACUGCGCAUUUAGUUAUCUAUGCUUUGUCCAGAUUUACACUCAUUUAUACACGGCAUGGACUAGACACAUAUUUUUGCCUGGAUAAAGUAUAUCUUGCAUGACCAAAUUAAAGUAAAACAUCUAGCGAACUCAGUCUACGCUGCCAUGCAAUUUCGAGAAUUAUUAGAUUUACAAGUGUCUAGUAACUAGUUAUUUUGCUUGUGAUGUUACUCUGAGUGUAUAUCCACACCGGGCAGGCUUGAAAAAUAUGCCUGACCACGGUGGGAAUCGAACCUACGACCUUUGGAAAUACUAGCCAAAUGCUCUGCCAACUGAGCUACGCGGUCAGGUCGGUUCGAGUGUGUGAUAUUUCGGAACCGAAUCUAGUUCGGUGUGGAUAUACACUCAGAGUAACAUCACAAGCAUCUUAUUCACCUGAGUACAUUACACCAACACAGAAAUUAUCAUGAUUAUUAGAUUACAUUGAUAUCGAAGGAACUAGAUUCGGUUCCGAAAUAUCACACACUCGAACCUACCUGACCGCGUAGCUCAGUUGGCAGAGCAUUUGGCUAGUAUUUCCAAAGGUCGUACAUAGGUUCGAUUCCCACCCAUUCUCGUCCCCAGAGCCCUUCUUACGCGCGGUCAACCGAGCGCGACGAGGGGCUCUGGCCAAAUCCAUAACCGGACGGUUAAACACUGCGCAUGCUCAACGUCAAACGCGGAUAAACACUUCGGUUUUCUUGUUUGUUUCGUUUUGAAAGUUUUUCUCCAGGAAAACCGCACAAAAGCGGUAGGUUUCGCUAAUUUUUUUUAUUUAAAUCAAUCGGUAGGUAAGACGUGGUGUUCUCAAUGCAUGUUGAUAAAAUUUAGUAUAUAUUUCUCUCUUAAACGUUGUCAAAGUAGUAAUGGCUACGGAUACGAAGACGAGAGAUUGUCUCACUAUUUUAUAUUCGAUUUUAAGUCGCUGUUGUACGGAUUUUUAGACAAUUUUUUGUGUUUCAUUAAAAGUCAACAGUCAUACAUAAGACAUACUAUACUGCAAAUCCUUUGAAAAUUGUAAAAAAUCGGUUUCUAUAAGAAGAAAAUAGUCAUCACAAACUUCAUAUUCUGGCUGGCUUAUUUUCUCUUCAGAUGGCACUUCAGCUUUGAACAUGUAACACAGAUUUGUUUAAUUAACAUCACUGAUUUGAGAAUACGACGUGCAUCUGCCAUAAAUAUAUGUUGACUUCUUGCUGUGAGAACAUCGCGUCUCAAGCUAUAUUAAUUUCAAUCAACUAAUUGAUUUAAAUAAGUAAAAUUAGCGAAAUCUAUCGCUUUUGUGGGCGAUUAUCAACAACAAUCUUCCUAACUGCUUCGUACUGCUGUUCUUUCAACUUUAAUAAUGUCUUUUAUCCCAAUUUUCUCCAAAGCGAAACCAACGCUUCAUGGAGCGCUUCUGUAUUUUUAUUCAUAUUUACAAUAAACCAUAUAUUUCGUUGUGGCCAAUCAGAUGCCAGUUUGAUAUGGAUUUGGCCAGAGCCCCUCGUCGCGCUCGGUCGAACGCGCGUAAGAAGGGCUCUGGGUACGAGAAUGAUUCCCACCGUGGCCAGGCGUAUUUUUCAAGUCUGCCCGGUGUGGAUAUACACUCAGAGUAACAUCACAAGCAUCUUAUUCACCUGAGUACAUUACACCAACACAGAAAUUAUCAUGAUUAUUAGAUUACAUUGAUAUCGAAGGAACUAGAUUCGGUUCCGAAAUAUCACACACUCGAACCUACCUGACCGCGUAGCUCAGUUGGCAAAGCAUUUGGCUAGUAUUUCCAAAGGUCGUAGGUUCGAUUCCCACCGUGGCCAGGCAUAUUUUUCAAGCCUACCCGGUGUGGAUAUACACUCAGAGUAACAUCACAAGCAUCUUAUUCACCUGAGUACAUUACACCAACACAGAAAUUAACAACUAGUUAUUUGUUUAUCAAGUCAAAAUCUCGAAGGUUUUGAACAUUUAACGAUUUGCACAAGAUCGAAACUGGGUCACGCAGUUCCUAGUCCACUAUACAGUAGUACGAUCGUACUUUUUAAAAACGCGAAGUGGAGUGGAAUUUGAUAUUUGACGAUAUUAACUCAUUGCGUAAACUGUGGUGUUAAUUUGUUAGAAAACUGCAGUCUCUCAACAAGACUAAAGUUUUAUCGAUUCUUUGAAAAUCAUACAGCAAAAACAAUUCGGGUCAUAUCACGUUCAACUAGCAUAGAAUGUUUUUUUGCCUGAUUCAAAUAGGUGGACAAAGACAACGAUGGUUUUGUAUCAUAUGAUGAAUUCAUUGGGGCAACAAAAGAUCCUGAAUAUGAAAAACCACCUGAGGAAAACUGGCAACCAAUUGAUGAUGAUAAAGAAUACACUGAUGAAGAAUUUGAAGAAUAUGAAAAACAAUACGGAGAUUAUGAUGAAGAGGUGAGUUUCAGCUUUAUUAAUUUACUAGAUAGCUUAAGAUCUACGACGUCGACGUCAGCUAGGACGUCAGGGCUAAGCAGAGGACUGGGACUAGGACGUCGUCCUAAAUAAAUAAACCUCCACCUAAGAUUCACGGCGUAGACAUUUAAACUAUAAAUAUUUACAUUCUUUUGAAAAUGACGUGUGAACCAUUACCGUUUGUUAUGCUCUUGUAUCCACGAAGGUAAAACUCUUGUUGUGGGGUUGUCGACGUUUGGUGGACGACGAGCAAAUUGAGAGAGACACAUGCACACUUCAAAAACUAUUACCAAUUUACUUCCACUUGCCGCCCUACAUAUUUGACGUCGUAGUUACAUGAGCUAUCGACUUAUUUAGGACGAUGUUCUAUUCCCAGUCCUCUGCUUAUCCCUGACGUCCUAGCUGACGUCGACGUCGUCGAUCUUAAGCUAUCUACUACCACUACUCGGGGCGAACGACUAGCAAGUGCUGCAGUUACGAUUACCAUUAGCAUUUCUAUAGCGCAAAUGUACAUGUGGAUAUAUGAUGGAUACAACUGAGGACCACCUUAAAUGGAAAGGAUUUCACGUUUUUUCUCGUGGGCUAUGCACAGAGAAGCAGAACAUCCUUCUUCAACAAAAGUUUUGGAUUUUGAUCAAUAAAUAUGGAAAUAAGCAUUAACACGAAAAUGAGACGCCAGGUCAUGACCUGAAAAAAAACUUGAAAUCCUUUCCAUUUAUUAAGGUGGUCCUAAGUUGAAAACAGUGUAGUUGUGACGUAAUUAUCGAAUGAGUGUAUUACAUACUUUAAUAGCCUAGAUUAGUUUAUCUUUACAACAAUUGUAAUAUUACUUUCUUAACUGUGUUUAACCCCACCCUGUCAAUUUCCCUGUGGGAGGCACCCGGAGAAAACCCACGCUCUUUUCACAUGAGUCCGUAGCGAGAAUCGAACCCACGAACUCGAGAGGUGAAAGGCUCUGACGACUGCGCCACCGAAGCCCCCCGAAGCCCACGGGGGAACUGGUUAGAGCGAUGCCCCCUGUAUACACUGAGUUAAGCUUGCUUCAUUAGAUCCAAGGUAGACGAGUAACGUCCCUGUAUUGGAAACACAUGUUAGUCGAGUUUGACUGAUUCUGUCCUGUGCUUCGAGGAGUGUCCUCCAAGUCCUCCUAUUUUCUGCAAUUACUAAAAGCUAACCCUUAUGCCUUGUCGAGCACGUAUAUCAUCAGCGAAAAUGCGAAAUGCAUAGGGAACCUUGAUUUUGGCACGUUUUAGGGGACUCAUUUUAUGGAAUUCAACAGUCGAAAUCUCGGCAACUGCAAUAAAAAUUUCCCAUACGUGUUUAAACACUCGCUAACGGUCUGUAUGUACAGAGAUGCUACCAGUUAUCGACAGAAACUGUGAAAACCAUUAAAUUGGGAUGAAAUCUUCUCACAUACUGUAUAUAAACACAGAUUAAAUUUAUCUUGUUUACCGGACCAGCCCGGUUCCACCUAAACACUAAACAGUCUCUAUAUAAGAAAACACUUCACUAAAGGGCCGAUUACAUGGAGGUUUUCAGCCCGAGAUGAAAUUCAGCCCGAGAUGAAAUUCAGCCCGGCAAACCGGGAUGAGAUUUCAGCCCAGGGCUCCUGUAAUUUCAAUAUAAAAUGAAUUUUACGAUUACAUGGAAAAGUUUCAGCCCGCGUUGAACUUUUCAUCCCGGUUUAUGUCACCCGGGAUGAGAUUUUCAGCCCUGUCAACUGGGAUGAAAUAUCCCAUGUAAUCGCAAAUAAUUUCAGCCCGGACUAGAAAAACAAUAAAUGGUUUUAUUUUGCGUUUUGUCUCAUCUUUAAUACUAUAUGCAACCACAGUCUUACACAAGUCAAGUAGUCGACUAAUCGGCGUUUUAAAUGCUCAAAGAAGCGGAAUAUUGCCUUUCAUGAAAUCGUUAUAUGAUUUGAGCCCGGGCUGACAUUUCAGCCCGGGUUUGUUUACUAUAUACAAGGGAUAAAUAUAGCUCUGACUAAAACUCAGCCCGGAUUCAAACUGCCCAUGUAAUUGUGAUGCCAUUUCAGCUCGGUUAACCGGGCUGAAACUCAGCCCGGGCUAAAACCGACGCCACGCAGUAACUCCCAAUAAAUCCCAACGUUUUGCGUUCAUCUCUGGAUUCUGCGCAAAGCUUCUUAUGCGGAAUACUUAGAGAAAGUGCGAGCAAAUCGUGCUUUUGAAAACUUUUUCUCUACGUUAACAGGAAUGCCGCGAAUGCAUAAUAUUAUGAUUCACUAUAUAAAGGCCGAUUUACACUACACAACGUUUGCCUAAAACUGGCGCAUGCAACCUGCUUAGAACUUGAGUGGUACUGUGUAAAUCAAGCAAACAACUUACCUAUGACAACGUAGGCAGAUCACAGUAGGUUUGUUGUCCCAUAAAAGCUGCUUUAUACUAUGUCUAUGAAUUAGUUCGUGUGAUCACAGUAUAAGGAUUUUGCAUUGAUAAAUUCUACGUUUUGAAGGAUUUGUGAGAAUUGUUUAGGGAACUGAACACUAAGUUAGUUCCCUCAACAUUUGUUGCAAAUAUUUCAAAACUUAGAAUUUGCCUAUGCAAAAUUUCUACUGUGAUCACACAAAUUUGAUAGUGUAAACCAGCCUUCAACGUUAACCAAACAAACUUAUUACUGUUUGUGUACGUUCCAUUACGCUAUAGACAAUACAUAACACGAUACUCAUUUUAACAUUUCCUUCCAAUUUAGGAUCACCCAGGCGAAGAAGAUGAAGAAACCCAUAAUGAUGUUCCCGCUAAUGAUGCGGCUGCGGCUGCCCCUCAUGUACCGCUGGCGCAUUCACCAGAUCAAGAAAAACUUGAACAUGGUGAAAAUGCUCAACAAACUAAUCAAUAAAAUGUAAAUAGAAAACUGUAUUGUACAAUUGUUGUACCCAAUUGAGCCAUUAGGGCAGAUAUAUAUGGGGUGAAUAAAAUAAAUGCAUACUCCAUAGAGAUUUCUGUAUUUUUAUGUACCAGUGAUCCAUAUUCUAUAGCAUCAAUAUUUUAAUGUUUUAAGCCGAUUCUAAGGCUAAGCAAUUUUUCAUUGAAAUUUAUUGAAAUUAAAUCUAUCGAAAUUUUAAAAAACUCAUUAAUAAUCAGGUAAAGACAAAGGAAAUUAUCAAGGAAAUUAUCACGAUAUUCGAUAAUAUCGCGAUAAAUGCAAUAAAAACAAUGACCACAUUUUUCAAUUUUAAUUAAUGUCAAAGCAUAGUAAGCUUAUAUAUAAUCUUGUUAAAAACAAGUAAAAACAACAAAUUAAAGUAAUAUGAAGGCUUUUUCUAGUCUAAUAUUUACUGCUCAUACACCAGAACUGUAUAUGCAUUGUCUACUAUGUCUCCGCUGGCACAAAUGCUGUGGGCACACAGUCCAAGCAAAGCCUGCAAUUUCAUUGUUCAGUGGAUCAUUUUAAUACAUAAAUAUUAGCUUUUGUGUCGUAUUAAAUUCGUAUUUAAUUCGGGAAAUAGGUGUAUUUUCUAGGAAUUGAAAGAUUAUUUUAGGAAUUUAUGUACAUAUGCGAAGCAAUAUCACGAUAGUUUUCGACCAUGACGAUAAUUUCGAUAUACCGUCGUUCAAGUUCCUACCUUCGAUACGAUAAUCGCGAUUGAAAAUAUCGUGAUAAAUCGAAAUAUCGCCCAACCCUAAUCGGUG